AUGGCGGGUCUUUCAUUCGAUAACUACCAGAGAAACAACUUCCUAACAUCGAAAUCGUACUCCCAACCCAAGGCGACGUCGACUGGUACGACAAUUGUUGGUGUGAAAUUUAACAAUGGAGUGGUAAUUGCCGCAGAUACAAGGUCUACUCAGGGUCCUAUUGUGGCUGAUAAGAACUGUGCCAAGUUGCAUCGUAUCGCUCCGCGUAUAUGGUGUGCUGGAGCUGGUACUGCGGCAGACACGGAGGCAGUGACUCAACUGAUUGGAUCUAAUUUAGAGCUACAUUCGCUUUACGUCAACAGGCAGCCCCGUGUGGUGUCUGCUAUGCAAAUGCUGAAGCAGCAUCUUUUCAAGUACCAGGGUCACAUCGGGGCGUACCUGAUUGUGGCCGGUGUGGACCCCACGGGCGCCCAUCUGUUUUCUAUUCAUGCACAUGGCUCUACGGAUGUUGGCUACUAUCUGUCGCUGGGAUCCGGUUCUUUGGCCGCGAUGGCGGUCCUCGAGUCGAAGUGGAAACAAGACCUUACUAAGGAGGAGGCGAUCAAGCUUGCGUCAGACGCUAUUGAGGCCGGUAUAUGGAACGAUCUGGGCUCUGGUUCUAACGUGGAUGUCUGUGUGAUGGAGAUCGGCAAGGAUGCAGAGUAUCUGAGGAACCAUCUGACUCCAAACGUCAGAGAACCAAAACAGCAAAGCUAUAAAUUCGCCAGGGGCACCACAGCAACGCUCAGGGAAAGCAUUGUGAAGAUCUGUGACAUUGAAGAAGAAACGGUAGAUAUCGUGGGAUAG